AGCCAUUUUCGUCAAAUGGCAAGCACUCCUGCUUACUACCUCCAUGCAGUGCACACGUAGCAGGUAGCAGUUGCCCGCUCGACAGAGGGUUAGCCUGGGCCUGCUGCAGCGAUGCAGUUUCUGUCGCAUGUUUUUUUCCUGCUCCUCGGCUGCACCUCCCAGCGGGCCACCUCCCUCCAGAUCGGGGGCAGCGGCGAGUCCCUGGAGCAGGUCGUGGCACUGGAACAGGUCCGAAGCAGCGGCGGGGAGCUGUGGCCCUGGGCCAAGACGCCGAGCACGUCCACGCCGCCCGCACGGGCGGAGUCUGGCCAGCUCCAGACGACGAGCCAGCCGGCCGAGGAUGCCAGCUCCGGCGCGGCUGCAGGCGGGGCCGUGGUCGACCGCGGCCUCCAGCCGCGGACCCCCGAGCUGAACGAGCUGGAGCGCCUGCUGAAGGAGGCCGAGCGGGAGUUGCCGCAGGAGCCGGGGCAGCCCCUCGCCACGCAGGGCGAGCAGGAGCUCUCUCAGGCCCGGCGGGCCCUGGCAGAGGCCCAGUGGGUCAGGGACAAGCUCCGAGCUGAGGUGCAGGCCAAGCGGCACGAGCUUCUCGUGUUUGUCAAGGCCCAGCACGCCGCCAAGAAGGCCGCCAAGGAGCAAGAACUCCAGAGGGCCAACGAGACCCAGCAGGCCACGGCGCAGGCUGCCGAGCAGGAGGCCCGCGACGCGGAGGCCCUGCAGGCUGCCGAGGCGCAAUCCGCCCAGCAGGCCCUCCUUGCGCGUGCCGCGCGGGAGCAGCUGCAGGAGUUCCAGGCUCAGGUGGACGCCAAGCGGCGCGAAGGCGAGAGCCAGCUGGCCGCAAGGAGGAAGGACCUCGAGGCCGAGCUGACGACCAAGCAGCACGAGCUCCGGGGGUUCGCCGAGGCCUUGCCGGCCAAGCUGCAGGCUUUCGAGAGGGCGGCCCUCGGCGUGAAGGCCCUGCAAGCGGCGGGGGCGGAGGCCGCCGAGCAGGCGCGCGCCGCGCAGGAGGCGGCUAAGGCGGACGCCAGCAGGCACGAGCACGAGCUGCUGGAGAGGAGGCAGGAGCUCGAGGCCCAGGCGGAUGCCAAGCAGCGCGAGCUCAAGGAGGCCAGCGAGGCCGAGCUGGCCGAGGAGCAGGCCGCCGAGCAGGCGGCCGGCGACGUACAGAGGCUGCAGCUGGCCCAGGCGCGGGCCGCCGAGCAGGCCCGCGCCGCGCCGGCGGAGGCCAAGGCGGAGGCGCAGCGGCGCGAGCUCCGGGUGCUGGAGAGCGAGAGAAGCCUGGAGGCCGAGACGGACUCGAAGCGGCGCGAGCUUCAGGAGGCCACCGCGGCCCUGGAGGCCGCCGAGGCCGUCAAGGCCCUGCACUUCAAGCAGGCCGCCGAGGCCCUGGUGGCAAGGCCGCCUGCCGCCACGACCCACUCGGACUGAGGGGGCUCAGGCGACGGCAUUCUGCACUUCCUGCUCCCUCUGCCGCUGCUGCUGCUCUUCCUCGGUUGAGCAUCGUGUGAACUUCUGCUUGUGGUAACUUUCAUCCUAGGGCUGCAAUUCAGAGGUUAGGGUCCCACACGCUCGUGAGUUGGGUGUGUCGU